AUGGAAAAUAUGUGCAGUGAUGGUAUGCUGGUUAGAUAUUGGUAUCAACGAUGGGAUGGAACACAAGAAUCAUUAGUUGGUCAACAAAAAUCACAUAAACAAAGACACCGAAUUGUGAACGACAGUCAUCGAUAUAUAUUACGUCCGGUAUUAAAAGCUAUUGAAAAAAGAAAAAAAAUUCAUAUAUUGAUAUACAUAAGAAUCUUCAGAAAAAAACCUCUUCUUAAUAUAUCAUUGCGUACUGUUCGUUACUAUGGUAAUUCUGACUGGAAUUUAAGAUGGAAAAAGACUAAACAACGUCUUGAAAUCGAAGAAAUGAAAAUAUUAUUUUAA